UGAUCUCUCUCUCUCCGUGUGUUGUAGUUGGGGAGUUGUUUCGGAUCUCUUUGUCACAAACCAACCAAUAAAUAUAGAUGGAACAACAGGGAAAGUAGAUUGGUUACUUUUGAUUUUGGUGCUGUAGAUAACAAAAACAACAUUUCUUACCAAGAUAUUUAUCCUUCUGAUCUGAUAAAUUCCCAAGCAAAAUACAAUACCGACCAAAACUUAGCCAGAAAGAAUUCUGCAAAACCUCCCGUCUCUUUCUUUUUUCUUUCCUUUGUGUUUCCCUCCCGUUCUCAAAGGUGACAGUCAGGGAUCUAAUUCUGCCAAGGAAAAGGCGAUCACGACGUUGGUGAUUUUCAUUUUCCGGGUUUCUAGUGAAUCGUGAUUCUGGGCUUUCCAAAAGGCUUAUCCUUAAUCGGAUCUUUCUCCUUUUAUCAGGGUUAUAUUCCAUCCAGGUCCGCUUUCAUCCUCCUCCAGUCCUCCUAUAUAUUUCCGAUUGUAAUUCACUUUUCGGCUUGGCUUCUCAGUUUUUUAUUGUUUUGUGUUUUGGGAAUUUGCUUUUGUCGUUUAAAACCCCGGAGAACCGGAAAGAAAACUGCAGCUUUGCGGUGGCAAAUUCCAGUACGACGCUUUAGCUUCGAUUUAGGUUCCAAGUUUAUUCCUUUUGUUUUGGUUUUUAAUUUCUUCAUGAUUUCUCUCGGUAAUCUAGGGACGGCUGUUACUUGUUAUGGUCUUCAAAUUAUUAUUGAAAUAAAAAAAGUAUUGGAGUUUCUUUCUUAAAAUAAUGGCCUUAUUGGUUCGGAGGGAUUACAGAUUUAUUGAUUUCUUUUGAAUUUAAGUUGUGGUUGCUUCAGGUUCGGUCUCUAUUCCGAAAUUGCUAUCCUACUCUAUCGGAGAUAUAGUUUUAUAUAAAUGAAGUCAAUAGUAAAUGCAAUCGCGAUGACUUUUGCAAAUACUGAUUGCGAGUAUUAGUUUUUUAUUCCUGAGCUAACUUUGUGCUUGGGUUUUUGUUUAGCUGUUUAUCUCAACUAGAACGCUUUGUAAAUGGUUAUCAGUGAUUUAAGUAAACUUUGGGUCUGUGUCAAAAGUUCGCAAAAGGUUGCUUAAUUUGGGGACUCGGUUGAGGGUUUGAACGGAUCCUUUGGUUUAUGUUUGUUGUUCCUAGGUUGUUGUCCCAAGGAAUCACAUGGUUGCUUGGUUGGUUGAGGGUAAUGUGGAAGAAUUGCAUGGUUCCUUGUUCAUUGUGUAUCACAUAUAGUGCCUGAAGAACGGCGACCUGCUGAUUUUGGGGUGUAAAUUUUGGAAAUUGUUUACUUCCAAAUAUUGAAGUGUUUUGAGCGUUAGCGGCAGUCCUAGAGUUGCCUCUUAUUGGGGUUUUGUGAUUGUAUAAUGCCCAUUUAAAUAUGCAAGAUUUAUUUUGUGAAGGACCAACAGUGAGAUGUUGUUUAGAGCUUCUUAUAUGAGCUUCCAAAACUUCUGAUAGAAAUACGUGGGUAGCAAUGCUAGGUUGCAGCCCAAAAUCUCACAAGUUUUUCUCUGCAUAAAAGAGUGUGUUACUGUAUAUACCUACACAGAUAAUAUGCACACAUGCAUACAUCUAAUAUAUAUUUCUUAUAUGCUACUUAAGUCAUGCUUAGUUGAAAUUUAUACAGCUAUUAUUUGUUAUUGCUGACCCUAUCUGGACUCGUUAAUUGGAGUACUUCAACUUAUUGUUAUAAGAUCUUAUACCAGGUAUUGGAUUUAUUCCAUGAGGGUCUUUGGUACUUUCAUGGAGGAUUGGCAUCUCUAAACUUGUUAGAUAAGGCAGAUCAGCUCCCGCUUUCUACAUUGCAGCUUAUUUUUUGGUGAAUAUAUAGUCAGAAGAUUGUAAAUAAGAUGAGAAUCCUUGCACGCAGUUAGUAGAAAACCAAAUGAGAAUAUGAGGCUUAUUGUUACUACUUUUGUUGGAGUAGUUUUUGGCUUCUUGAUAGGAAUAUCUUUUCCAACAUUGUCAUUAACUAAGGUGAAUCUCCCGUCCAGCCUUCUUCCUACAAUUGAUGUCUCAUACAUUAGAAAUAAAGAAUUAGGCAUUCGAAAUGCUUGGUCGUCUUUGCGUAGUAAUAAUAGCAGCUCAGCUCAAGCUCAAAAGUUAAAUGAUUCAUUGAAGAUUUGGGUUCCCUCAAAUCCUAGAGGUGCAGAAAGACUACCUCCAGGAAUUGUUGAAGCUGAGUCAGAUUUCUACCUGCGAAGAUUGUGGGGGAAGCCCAGUGAGGACUUGACCAAAAAGCCACAGUACCUUGUAACCUUCACUGUCGGGUAUGAUCAGAGGAAUAAUAUUGAUGCAGCGGUGAAGAAGUUUUCAGAUAACUUUACAAUCCUUCUAUUUCAUUAUGAUGGCCGAACAACUGAAUGGGACGAGUUUGAGUGGUCAAAGCAAGCCAUUCAUGUUAGCAUUCGUAAGCAGACUAAAUGGUGGUAUGCCAAGCGAUUUCUGCAUCCUGACAUAGUGGCUCCAUAUGACUACAUAUUUAUUUGGGAUGAAGACCUGGGAGUUGAGCAUUUUAAUGCAGAAGAAUACAUAAAGCUAGUGAGGAAGCAUGGCUUGGAGAUUUCGCAGCCUGGUUUGGAACCUAACAAAGGAUUAACAUGGCAGAUGACAAAGAGAAGAGGUGACCGUGAAGUUCACAAACAAACAGAGGAGAAACCUGGAUGGUGCAGUAGCCCACAUCUGCCUCCCUGUGCAGCGUUUGUUGAAAUCAUGGCCCCGGUAUUUUCGCGAGACGCAUGGCGCUGUGUGUGGCAUAUGAUUCAGAAUGACUUGGUCCAUGGUUGGGGUCUCGACUUUGCCCUUCGAAAAUGUGUAGACCCUGCCCAUGAGAAGAUUGGAGUUGUAGAUUCACAAUGGAUUGUGCAUCAAACUGUUCCCUCCCUUGGGAACCAGGGAGAAUCACAUGAUGGAAAGGCACCAUGGCAAGGGGUGAGGGAGAGGUGUAGGAAAGAGUGGACAAUGUUCCAAGGUCGACUGACAACAGCUGAACAUGCGUAUUUUAAAGCAAUGGGUGUUGAUCCUUCCAAUUCGACAGCUCAUUAGGGAAUAGCAACAACCGAAGAUGAUCGCAUGCUACCGGCAGCACCACCUGCUGCUCAGAGUUUUACAUUCAGCUUGUAAAAUUCUUUAUUUUAGCUUGUAACAAUAUUGUUUUUGUACAAUUCCUUGAACACAUUGAAAGGCAUAGAGUUUUAGUGCCGACUAGAGUUAGUUUGGAGGCACAUUCCACUAUUUUGCAACUAUUAUUACGUAAAUAAUGCCAACCCCACUAUAUCU